AUGUGUCGGUUGAAGAAGAAAAAGAAGCUGUCCAUACCAGCUCUUCCUGUCCAACAAUCUAAAGAGAAAGCUAUUGUUAGAAAUCAAAAUGAAAAUGAAAAAAUGAAUGGUAAGAUAACAAAAAGUUGGAAGCAAAAAUUGAAGCAAGAUGAGCAUGUAAAAAAAACUAGUGAACCGGAAAGAAGCCACAGUGAACCGGAAAAGAAAUCAGGUGAGAAAGAAAAGAGUGAGAAAGAAAAGGAGGAGAAGGACAAGAAGGAUGUGGAAGAGGAAAAAGGAAGUGACAAUGAAAAAAAGGAAAGUGAUAAAGAGAAUGACGAGAAGGUCUUAUCGAAAAAGAAAUUAGUGAUAAAAGCACCAAGAGCAAUUAAAAAAGCAGAUGCUGAAGAUCCGCAAUAUCAGACACUUGCUGGUUUGAAUGAUGAUUUGUUUGGCAAGGAAAAUGAUCAUAAGCCAAAAAAGAAAUUAGUUAUAAAAGCACCGACUGGUUUUAAAAAGGCAAAAGCUGAAGAUCCGGAGUAUCAGACACUUGCUGGUCUAAACAAUGACUUAUUUGACGUGGAAUUUAAAAAAUGA